AUGACCAGGAACAAGAUCCCAUUAUGGUGGCAAGACUGUUUUCUUUUACACUGUCCACAACUGCUCUAUCCUAACCCAAGUAGCAGUGGAGGUUUGAAAUAUGGGGGAAGAGAAUUUGAAGGAGAAGAAGAAUAUCUGGAGAUCCUCGGCAUCACCAGGGAGCAGUCAGGCAAAUAUGAGUGCAAAGCUGCCAAUGAGGUCUCCUCGGCGGAUGUUAAGCAAGUCAAGGUCACUGUGAACUAUCCUCCUACUAUCACAGAAUCCAAGAGCAAUGAAGCCACCACAGGGCGACAAGCUUCACUCAAAUGUGAAGCCUCGGCAGUGCCUGCGCCUGACUUUGAGUGGUACCGGGAUGAUACCAGGAUAAACAGUGCCAAUGGCCUUGAGAUCAAGAGCACGGAGGGCCAGUCCUCCCUGACGGUGACCAAUGUCACUGAGGAGCACUACGGCAACUAUACCUGCGUGGCUGCCAACAAGCUUGGGGUCACCAAUGCCAGCCUAGUCCUUUUCAAGCGUGUUUUACCCACAAUUCCCCACCCCAUUCAAGAAAUUGGCACCACCGUGCACUUCAAGCAAAAAGGACCUGGGUCGGUGAGAGGAAUAAAUGGAUCCAUCAGUCUGGCCGUACCACUGUGGCUGCUGGCAGCAUCUCUGCUCUGCCUUCUCAGCAAAUGUUAAUAGAAUAAAAAUUUAAAAAUAAUUAAAAAACACACAAAAAUGCGUCACACAGAAUACAGAGAAAAAGAGAGAGAGAGAGAGAGAGAGAGAGAGAAAGAUGGGGGGGAGACCGUUUAUUUCACAACUUUGUGUGUUUAUACAUGAAGGGGGAAAUAAGAAAAUGAAGAAGAAAAUACAGCAUUUAAAACAAUUUUACGGUCCACCAAUAAAAUAUUAAGUCUAAUUCAGGAUGGA